CUCGCCCUCGCCCUCGCCCUCUCGCUCCGCGCCCGCCUCGCCGCCCUCCGUCGCCGCUCGCUGCCGCCGUUGCCUCUCCUCCCCGUCCCCUUCCGGAGCGGCGCGGUGGCUGUGCGCAUGGCUUCGUCGGACGCGGGGGCGGCGCCUCAGCUCGGCUCCACCGUGGAGGUGCCCGGCGCGGCGGGGCCCGUGCGGGUCGUGGCGGCGGCGGGCCUCCCCGAGGCGGACUUCAGGAAGGCGCUGGAGUCGGCGCUGUUCAGGCGGUGGCUGGAGAGCCUGCAGGCGGAGAGGGGCCUGCUCGCCCGCGGGAAGCUCAGCCUCUGCCAGAUCCUCAUCCAGGGGGUGGACAUGUUCGGGCAGCGCGUGGGAUUCCUCAAGUUCAAAGCCGACAUCGUCGACGAGGAGACCAAGGCCAAGCUACUUCUCUGUUAGGAUUGCUUAGAAACAAACAGCGUUUGGGUGCAAAUAGGAUAGAACAGGGGAGGAGCUGGGAUAGACCAAGGUGGGUACAGGCUGAAACACUGUUUGUCGGCACUGCGUUUGCAUGAUGGAUUUAGAGCUAAUUGACAUGCUUGUGAAAUCUUUAUCCUAGACAGUUCCUACAUUGAAGUCCGCCUCGGGGAGGCCCGCCUGAAAUCUUUACCAAGGUGGGUACAGGCGCCUUCCUGAAGUCCGCCUCGGGGAGGCCCGCCGCUGCCACGACCCGCACGGCCCCGCCGCGCCGGGCACCUCCACGGUGGAGCCGAGCUGAGGCGCCGCCCCCACGUCCGACGAAGCCAUGCGCACAGCCACCGCGCCGCUCCGGAAGGGGACGGGGAGGAGAGGCAACGGCGGCGGCGAGCGGCGACGGAGGGCGGCGAGGCGGGCGCGGAGCGAGAGGGCGAGGGCGAGGGCGAGGGCGGGGGUUUUCUGCAAAAAAACAUGCCACGUCGGCACCUGACGGGCGGGCCCCGCUAGUCAGAUACACCGUCAAUAUGUGUUUAUACGCAGUUUAGACCUAUUUGCAAAAAUCUAGAGCAAUGUUGGUACUGACAUGUAAAAAUUAGCAAUCGUGGUACCAAUCUGCAUGUGAUGUCCCAAUUGUGGUACUUGUGUGCAAUUAACUCGUUUAC